UAGGAAUAAUAUAAAUUAAAGCAACUAGAGAGCGGCACAAAGACAAGAGAAGUCAACAUGGGAGAGACCAAAGUGUGGGAAUACCUAGCUGUGAGUUUCCUGGGUACCGCAGCCAUCGUACUUGCUUUGGUUGCUGGGGCUACAAAGAUCAAGGCAUCAGACAUUACUGUAACGUCUGGUAAAUGUGAAUACCCAAAAACUCCAGCAAUUAUACUUGGAUACAUAGCAGCAGCAGUCACAUUUAUCCACCAAAUAGUUAUCAGUGUUUUUUUUCGCUCUGCUUAUCGCCGGAGAAUUACCAACGCUAAAUCAAUUUCCGGGGCAAUCUUAGCUUUCAUUUUUUCGUGGAUCAGUGGUGGUGCUGGGAUUGCUCUGCUUGUAUCUGGUUCAUACCUCACCUCUCGUCAGGAGUUUCUCGUCUCAACAGGACGUUGCUAUAUCUUAAAACGUAACUUAUUUGGAGCGGCUGCCUGGAUGGUAUAUGUUGCCUGUUUCGAAGGUCUACUUUCCUUCUACUUCUUCUCGGCUAAAUGUCAUUGUUCUGCACCAGAAGCUGUUGUGGUUCCAUAUCAAGGUGGCAUUGCCAUGGCAAAUUCUCAGCUUGAUGCUGCCUCUACUAACUCGAAUCCCAAGCAACAUCAAUAUGUUUGAAUUAUUCAUACUUUCUUUUUAAUUGUUUCGGAUCAUGUCCUAAAUAGAGUGGUUUUUUUUGUUUACCUUUCAAAGGCAUUGAAUUGUAAAAACAUCUUGUCGUAUGUAAAAACAUCUUGUGGUUUUUUUUGUUUACCUUUCAAAGGCAUCAAAAUGUUGUACCUAUUUUUAGAAGGUACCUCAAAAUCUUGUCGUAUGUUGAAUAAUUUAUUU